AUGACGACUGGCGAACUUCAAAAUCUUUAUUCUGGCGAAUUCCAAUUGAUUAAAGUGGAAAAAGUCGGAGAACAUGAGAAUGUCGCAUUGAUAACUCUAAACCGGCCGAAAGCGCUCAACGCGCUCAAUGUGCAAUUAAUGAGAGAACUCUCCACAGCAAUUCGCGCCAUCGAAAACGACGACAGCAUUCGAGUUGUUGUGUUGACGGGAAGCGAGAAAUGUUUCGCAGCGGGCGCCGAUAUUAAAGAAAUGGAACAAUUAGAUUUUCAAGACAUUUUCCAAAAAUGUGAAAAUCACUUCAAUGAUUGGGACGCGAUAUCGAAAAUGAAGAAGCCGAUUAUUGCGGCGGUCAAUGGGAUCGCUCUAGGAGGCGGAACGGAGCUCGCGCUAAUGUGCGAUGUGGUUUAUGCGGGCGAGUCGGCGCAAUUCGGCCAGCCGGAAGUCCAAUUGGGCACCAUUCCCGGUCUCGGCGGCACCCAAAGAUGGCCGCGUUUUGCCGGAAAAUCGAUCGCGAUGGAGAUUUGCCUUUCUGGCGAUCGUCUCGACGCGCAAGACGCCAAACAAGCCGGAAUUGUUAGCAAAGUGUUCCCCAAUGAUCAGCUCGUAUCGAAGGCAAUCAAUCUAGCCGAGAGAAUAGCAAAGAACUCACCGAUUACAUUGAAAACUGUCAAGGAAUCGAUCAACUCCGCCUAUGAGACAUCCCUCGAGUCUGGAUUGCACACCGAGCGUCUUUUGUUCCAAUCAACAUUCGCGACGGAGGAUCGCAAAGAAGGAAUGAACGCAUUCAUAACGAAAAGAGCCCCAAAAUGGUCAAACCAAACUCAAUAA